GUGGAAUCUGGAGUCUUGGUCGACCUUACGAGCCACAGCAGCCGCAGGACACCAACAAGGUCGCUCUCUUGAAGCCAACGUCUUGUCUCUAGACCUUGAAUUUAAUUCUAGGACUCAGGCCUACCCUAGGGUAAUAUUACUACUUCCCCAAAAUGAGCACCCUGACCAGCUUUACCGGCAAGGCAUAUCAGCCGCAGGAGGACAAAUAUUUCGACGAUGGACGAGAGAUCGCCCUCUUGCACUUUAUUCACAACCACCCUGAUAUAUCAGACAUCCGUGGCAACCCUCAAAGGCUUCUCGACGCCAUCGACGAAUAUGGCAAGACCAAGAAGUACCUCAUGAAUGUCGGUGAGUACAAGUCAAAGACCGUGGCAGAUCUCAUCAAGGAUGUCAAGCCAAAGGUCAUGGUCGAGCUGGGCGGUUACGUAGGCUAUUCUGCGAUUGCCUUUGGUGCUGCGUUCAGAGACGCCGGCGGCCAGGAAUACUACAGCCUCGAGUACAACCCAGAGUUUGGUGCUGUCAUUUCCAGCCUGGUCGACCUGGCAGGCCUGCAUGAUGUCGUGAGGGUUGAGAUCGGACCGGCGUCGGCAUCAAUCAGGCGGCUGUAUGCAGAGGGCAGGCUCAAGAAAAUCGAUCUCAUGUUCCUCGACCACGUCAAGCCCAUGUACACCCCCGACUUGAAGCUAUGCGAGGAGCUCGGUCUGAUUGGGAUCGGUUCGGUUCUUGCUGCCGAUAAUGUCGUCAAACCAGGAAACCCUCCGUACCUUGAAUAUGUCCGGAGUUCAGUACGGCAGAAGAGAGAAAAGUUCAACAAGGACACCGGGCUGAGCUUGGAGAGGUUGUCAGAUUGGGAGAAGUCCAGGUACAAUAUGGCAAAGGGCGGCCAAGUGGACGAAACCGAAGUCCAUGGCAACCCAAACCUCAUCUACUCCAGCAAAUUCAUUGAAGGAUGGGAACCGAGUGGAGUCCCGGACGCCAUAGAGGUAUCGUAUUGCACAGGGGUUGAAGAAUAA